GCGGCAGCGCCCUCCCCCGCUGACCGCCCGGCGACAACAGCGCCGGGGGUGACGUCACGGCCGUGCGCACUCUGCGGGUGUAUCGUGGAAACGCGGCAGAAGGCGGGAGCGGGGAGAGCGGACGGCAGGGGCGAGCCUUCGUGAGCCAGGAAACACUUAGUGUCCUACAUGAAUUACGAAAAUCCUCCACCAUAUCCUGGCCCGGGCCCAACUGCCCCUUACCCACCAUAUACUCAACAACCAGCAGGUCCUGGUCCAUAUCCUGCCUAUCAACCGGGGCCUACAGGGCCAUAUCCAGCUGGUCAACCAGGCUACAAUGGUUACCCACCAUAUGGAUGGCAGAAUGCUCCUCCUCCACCUCCAGGACCAGUCUAUGCAGAUGGACCUAAAAAUACAGUGUAUGUUGUGGAAGAGCGGCGAAGAGAUACCUCUGGUGAAAGUGCCUGCCUGACAGCAUGUUGGACUGCAUUGUGCUGCUGCUGCCUUUGGGACAUGCUGACCUGAGUUCCCCGAGAAGCUAACCCUUUCGAUACCUCUCUCUUGGAGUGCUAUGCAGUCUCUUCCUCCUCCUCCUCCUCCUCCUCCUCCUCCUCCUCCUCCUGUCUCUUCUUUUCAGCAGCUUUUUAGUACUGUAAUAAAUGAGAUGCUUUGCCUGAGCAUAACAUGCCUGCCAGAGUCGGAUGCAUGAGGUUGGAUGCAUCCUUUUUGAUUUGAGUGGAGAAUCCCUCCAUCUUUGUUCAUGAUUGUUCUUUAAAUAAUGUACUAUAUUUUGUUUGGCAAAAGCUUUUACUACAAAUUAUGUAUUCAUAAUUUAACCAUUCUUAGAAAUGGAGUAAUAUGCAAUAAUUUAAGGCAACUUUUUAUUUUCUCUUACUUGCUUAAUUUUCUGUUUUAAUAAACUUUGUCCAAUAAAAUAUGACCCAGAAAUCUGUAA